AUGGAUUCAGAUAGUACUGUUUCUUCUUUGAUCAUGAUGGAUGAAGAUUUGCAUCCACAUCAAUUCUCUUCUUCUACUUCUAAGCUACAUACCAAUGGUACUCCUACUUCUACUAGUGUUCAUGAGCUUCUUGAAUGUCCUGUUUGUACCAAUUCAAUGUACCCUCCAAUUCAUCAGUGUCACAAUGGGCAUACGCUAUGUUCAACUUGUAAGACAAGGGUUCACAACAGGUGCCCGACAUGCAGACAGGAGCUUGGCGAUAUUCGGUGUUUAGCGUUGGAGAAGAUAGCGGAAUCACUUGAGCUUCCUUGCAGAUACACCUCUGUUGGGUGUCCGGAGAUAUUUCCUUAUUAUAGCAAACUCAAACAUGAGUCUGUUUGUAACUUCAGACCUUACAACUGUCCUUAUGCCGGAUCAGACUGUUCUAAUGCCGGGGAUAUUUCGCAACUUGUUGCUCAUUUAAGGGAUGAUCAUAGAGUUGAUAUGCAUUCUGGAUGCACUUUUAAUCAUCGUUAUGUUAAGUCGAAUCCCAUGGAAGUAGAAAAUGCUACAUGGAUGUUAACAGUCUUCCACUGUUUUGGACAAUACUUCUGUCUCCAUUUUGAAGCCUUUCAACUCGGAAUGGCUCCAGUUUACAUGGCAUUCCUCCGUUUCAUGGGCGACGAAAGAGACGCCAGAAGCUACAGCUACAGUCUUGAGGUAGGUGGAAGUGGCCGCAAACUAAUCUACGAGGGAAGUCCAAGGAGCAUUAGAGAUAGCCACAAGAAAGUUAGAGACAGUCAUGAUGGCCUCAUCGUAUACCGAAACAUGGCACUUUUCUUCUCUGGCGGCGAUAGGAAAGAGUUGAAGUUACGAGUAACCGGACGGAUUUGGAAAGAACAGCAAAACCCUGAAGGUGGAGUCUGCAUACCCAACUUGUGUAACUAG